CACACACACACGUACUGUACACACAUACACGCACGCACACACACACACACGCACACACCAACACACACAUACGUACACACACUGGACUCAGAGGGAACUUCUGUUCACUACAGCAGGAGAGGAAAAGAUGAAAUCAAUGGACCAAAUGACGGUUUGAAUGUGACAGGUGCAGCUCAUAUGGCGACAGAGAACCAUCUCUGCGUCCAGCAGUUUAAUCCUGCAGCUGUUUUCACACAAGUCUUGAAACACUAAACUGAACAAACAGGCGGUAAAUGUUCAACCAAUCAAUGAAUCAUUCAUCAACUCCAACCUGAUGCAGGCCGGUGGGAUUCAAGCUGACUGACACUAAUCUGUGACUCCGCCCCAUGUCUUCUCCACCUGCUGCUAUUGGCCGAGCUGUUCGUCCCGUCGUCCUCUGGCCCCGCCCACAGCUCAUCGCUCUGCGGCUUGUUCAGAUCAAUGACCCCUCGGGUGGAGACGCUGACGCACCUCUCCAAGAAACUCCACGAGCUGUCGGACAAUGAAGUCCUGAACUUUGCUGCAGUGGAAAAGAGACUUGAUGAUCUUCCUCACAUGCAGCACACCGCUGCUCACAUCCCUUCACUGGAGGUGAACGAGUCGCUGUCUCAGCUCCACGUGUUCAUUCAGUCCUUCAAGCUGCACGUCGACUGGUUGAAAACAGCAAAAGAAAACUUCAGUUUGCCUUACGAGUCAGCAGAGGGCGCCAGCACUCAGCUGCUGCUGCUGUCCAACCUCCUUAACAUGUCCCUGCACCAGAUGCGUGAGGAGGCUCCUCGCUCUCCGCCUCCCUCCCUCCCUAUCGUGUCCACGGCCUUCGACGUCCUCCAGUUCUCCGUGGAGAUCUCCGAGCAGCUACAGGUCUUCUGUAACUGGUCCAAACGAGUGUUGCGACACCUCAAAAGACUCUCCCGCUGUCCGAGACAUUAGGAGGCUGCCAUCAUCGGAGAACCGACGAUUGAUAUGUCUUCCCUACAAAACCACUGUUAACUUAUAUACUAUUUAACCAGCAUGGACUUUUAGCAAUGCUAGCAGCGCUACUCUAGGGAUGGGAACGUCUGUCGGUCUGUGUUUGUCAACCACUCAGAUCCAGACUGAAACAUCUCAACAAAUAUCGACUGGAUUUAGAGAUUUGUUGCAGAUCGAUACAGUACAUUAUGCUUGGAGGAUGCACGUAAACGAGGAGGGUGACGCCUUUUUUAUAUCAAUUUUGAGGUAAACCUGUUUUAAUUUAUCAGUUUUUAUUUCAAUGUUUUGUUGAAGGAUGACACAAAAUCUGGAUGGUUAAUGUCCCCAGAUGAUGAAUAUUGCUGAACGUGGUGAUACGCUUGCUCUUCCUCUGGUGCCACCAGGUUAGCUUGUGGUGUUGCGUAAAAUAUAUCUCAUUUUGUCACAGACAUUUAUUAUUUGGUAAUUUGUCCAAGAUCAAAGUCAAUUCUGGUCAUAAAAACACAUUUUCCUCGACACAUCUGCAAAUAAUAUAGAUGCUCUGAAUCAUGACGUCAUAUGGUACGUGAGUUUGUCCGAAAAUGACGUCACGCGUAGUUCAAAAGAUGCUACAGCUGAAGAUUCACCUCAAGUCAUUCGUCAUCAUAUAGAAUAAAUGAUGUCAUUAAGAAAUGGCCAUUAUAGAAAAAGUAAGCACAGCCUGAUUGGGGUAUGUACAGGGUGCGUGUGAGGGUUUGUAUCAGCCCUGAGAGGCUUUUUUGUGGUUUUAAUGAUACUGUAGCGCCACCAUCAGGUCAAAAUUUCAGCUUGUCCUUUUGGUUUAUGAUUUUGUUUUAUCGAAGCUGCACAGCUAACGACAUUAAGCUAUGCUAAUACGCUGAACUACAGUGGUGAGCGUAUAGCUAAUGUUAGCAUUUCGCUCAGUCGCUAGCAUGUCUGAAGACUUUUGUAGAGUCUUGUGUUGAUUGUGGAAGGUGUAUGGCUCACACACGUGUUUUCACCUCUGUGCCAAAUUAACAUCUAUUCAACUAGUUAAAUUGCAUAUUUUACAUAUAUGUGUACGUCACAUGAUGAAAUGUGUUGUACUGAUGCACUGAGCUGAGUUGCUGCGCUCGCAGCCACCCGUUACGUUUACUUCCUUUAAAAGACUGUUUACACUCGCAGUGCCUGCAAGGUGUCGAUCUACUCAUUGGCUUAAUUACAAGGAAAUGUUGUGGAACUGUUAAUAUUUUUCUACUGAAUCUUUUUAUAUAUAUAUAUAUAUAUUUAGAUGCUAUUUAUGAGCUUUGUUUUUUUUACAUUAUGUAUUUGACAAUGUUUAGUGUGAGAUGCAGGCAUCUUGUUGUUUUCUAUGUAUUUUUGUUAUAUUUAAUAAUAUUAUUAAUAAUGUAUUGUCAUGCUGUAGUGACUGUUACAUGACUAUUUAUAAACAUUUUGUUUUUGUACCAUAUUUUGAAUGUUUGAAGUCAAUAAUAAAAACAUUGAAACGGA